UUAUGACAAUUACAAACCCUGGAGCAAAUUGUUAUCUUCUUCCUUCCUUCCAUCCAAAAACAGACAGACAGACAGGUUAAUGAUGCAGCAGGGAAGCGGUGCUCCUCCUCCUCGUCCUAUUGGAUUAGGAGGAGCAAGAGGUGAAAAAGGAAAGAAGAAGCUACCGAGCCCAAAGGAAAUGGUGGCACACUACGAGUCCAAAGGGAUGCAGCCGCAGGAAGCUUCUCUUAAAGUCAUCGACGACCUCCAGAAUCUUCUGCUGAGGGUCGUCACCACCAAGAAGACCAACGACAUCAACAAUCACCACCUACUCAGGCUCGAGUCCAAGUUGGACUCUAAGCCUGGAUACCCACAGACCCUAGCCAUCGGUGUCGUCUCUGGAGCCGUCGUUCAUGCCUUGCCUCACCUCGCGAGUAUCUGGAAUUAUGUCCGAUCCUCUACUUCUUCUUCUUCUUCUUCUGGGUGAGAUGUAAUUUGAACGAUUUUCAGUUAAUGCUACUUGCUAAAAACAUCUAUCUUCAUGAUUACAUGUAUGUACAAUACAUUUCUUAGAUAAGUCAGUCCUCUUCGAAUUCAACACAAUAGGUUAAGAUUUU